GGGUCAGGGGGAGGAGAGGCAAGGGAGUGGAGCGAGAAGACGGCAGGAGAUCCACAGGGUGACCAAUUUAACUGGGCCAUCCUUUGGAGGGUCCAAAUGAUCCUCCGCCGCUCGGACCGACGGCUGCGCGCCUCACGGGACCGACAUGAUCACGCCUCAGCAGAAGCCAUGGAGAUAGGCCUGACAGCACAGCCUGGUCUUUUCAUUAACCUUGCUCUCUGAUCACGAGUUGUGGCUCAAACUACUGGGACUGUGCGAAGUGACUGAUGCACCUUUUUCACCUGAUCCAGUCACUUUCUCUGCCGGCCUGCAGUGUGGCCUCUAAAGACAGUCACCUUCAAAAUUUUGUGCACAGAGAUAAAUGAGUGAACUGGCUGGAAGGGAACGGGCUGGGACAUGUACCAGAACCCCAACAGAAUGUCCUGGUUCAGCGGCUUCCUAGUCGCCAGAGUGGAUGACCGCAAGACUGCAUGGGGGGAGCGCAAUGGCAAGAAGUCCAAACGGAAGGGAGGCUCAUCUCUCUGCAACCCACGUUACAUGAGCUGCCUGCGGGACCCAGAUGCCAUGGAGUCCCCCUCUGGAGCCCCCCUCCAUCAGCACCACCGAGGAGGGGUGGCUGGGGCCAUGGGUGGUGGGGGAAACUUUGGCGUCCGUUGUGGAUGGCAGGAGGAUCACUAUGGCAAAAGAGGGGCGACUGGAGAAGGAGUGGGUCUGAAAUCGGUCGAUUUGGGAUUUGAGGAUGGGGAAUUGAAAGGGAGGAAAGGGGGAUGCAACAGAGGAAGCGGAGACAUGGUUGAUGAGGGUCCCAAUGGUACUGCAGGGGUGACAGCUGGAGACUGCUGGGUCAGGGUCGUGCGGGUGUUCCAGUCAAAAAAAUUCCAGUCCCGUAAAUUGGAGCGCCUAUACCAGCGUUACUUCUUUCGGUUGAACCAGAGCUCCUUGACCAUGCUCAUGGGGGUGCUGGUGAUUGUGUGUGGCAUCAUGCUGACCUUCCACUGUGUCCAUGGCCCCCCUGACAUUGCCUAUUCAUCAGCACUCUCAGUGGCGAUGGCGCUCUUCUUAGCUCUUAUGGUGGUGUGCAACCGCAAUGGCUUCCACCAGGACUACAUGUGGAUGGUCAGUUACCUGGUAAUUGGCAUAUUGUUGUCCGUUCAAGUGUUUGGGGUGCUUAUGGUGGCCCCACGGAGUGCUUCGGAAGGCAUCUGGUGGUCAGUGUUCUUCAUUUAUAUCAUCUACACACUGCUGCCUGUGAGGAUGAGAGCAUCUGUGCUAAGUGGAGCUGUGCUCUCUAUCAUACAUGUGGUCACCACUUGGCAAAUCAACCAGGAAGACAAGUUCCUCUGGAAACAGGUGAGCGCUAAUGUCCUGAUCUUCUUGUGCACUAACAUCAUUGGGAUCUGUACCCACUACCCUGCUGAGGUUUCCCAGAGACAAGCCUUCCAGGAGACCAGAGGAUACAUCCAAGCUCGAUUACAUCUGCAGAGGGAGAACCAACAGCAGGAACGACUCUUGCUUUCUGUGUUGCCAAGGCAUGUUGCCAUGGAGAUGAAGGCUGACAUCAGUGCCAAAAAGGAAGACAUGAUGUUCCAUAAGAUAUAUAUCCAGAAACACGAUAAUGUCAGUAUUCUGUUUGCAGACAUUGAGGGUUUUACCAGCCUGGCAUCUCAGUGCACAGCUCAGGAACUGGUCAUGACACUCAAUGAGCUUUUUGCCCGUUUUGACAAGCUAGCAUCGGAAAAUCACUGUCUACGAAUUAAAAUUUUAGGGGAUUGCUACUAUUGCGUAUCUGGGCUGCCUGAACCUCGGGCUGACCACGCCCACUGCUGUGUGGAGAUGGGUGUUGACAUGAUAGAGGCCAUCUCGCUGGUACGCGAGGUGACGGGAGUUAACGUCAACAUGCGCGUUGGCAUUCACAGCGGGCGCGUGCACUGCGGUGUGCUGGGACUCAGGAAGUGGCAGUUCGACGUGUGGUCCAAUGAUGUCACACUAGCCAAUCACAUGGAGGCAGGAGGCAAAGCAGGGCGAAUCCACAUCACCAAAGCCACACUGCAGUAUCUAAAUGGAGACUAUGAGGUGGAGCCAGGUUUUGGAGGUGAGAGGAAUGCCUAUCUGAAGGAGAACAACAUAGAGACCUUCCUGGUACUUGGCUGCAGCCAAAAAAGGAAAGAGGAGAAGGCAAUGAUGGCUAAGAUGCAGCGGAUGAGGGCCAACUCUAACGAGGGUCUGAUGCCACGCUGGGUCCCUGACAGAACCUUCUCCAGGACCAAAGACUCCAAAGUCUUCAGACAAAUGGGGAUUGAUGAGGCCUCCAGUAAAGACAACCGUUGCGUUCAGGAGGCCAUGAACCCGGAGGAUGAGGUGGAUGAGUUUUUGGGACGAGCCAUCGAUGCUCGCAGCAUUGACCAAUUAAGAAAAGACCAUGUUAAGAAGUUCCUCCUCACUUUCCAGACCUCAAGCUUAGAGAAAAAGUAUUCAAAGAAGGUGGAUGAUCGUUUCGGAGGCUAUGUUGCCUGCACUCUGCUAGUGUUUUGUUUUAUAUCCUUCAUACAGAUUGUCAUCUUUCCACACACCCCAGUGAUGCUGGGUAUCUACGUCAGUAUCUUCAUCAUACUUGCCAACAUCCUCUUCAUCUGUGCCAUAUACUCUUGCAUUAAGCUCUUUCCAGCUGCAAUGCAGACUGUUUCAAAGAAGAUUGUCCAGUCGCGCACCAACAGUACGCUGGUUGGAGUGUUUAGUAUUAUCCUCGUUUUCAUCUCUGCCUUUGUCAAUAUGUUUGCCUGUGAUACCAAGAGCUUGGUGGAAUGUGUCGCUGAGAAGCUGAACACUUCCACAGCUAUGGUGACGCCAUGUUUGAUCCACACCUUGAAUGUGUCUACUGAAGGGGGCCUGGAGAUCUGUCCUAGCCGAGGUCCCUCCUGUCCCUUUCCUGAGUAUUUCAGCUACAGCGUGCUGCUGACGCUGCUGGCAUGCUCAGUGUUCCUGCAGAUCAGCAGCAUUGGGAAGCUGGCCCUCAUGCUGCUCAUCCAGCUCACCUUCCUGCUGCUGGUCGAGUGGCCUCAAGUAGCACUGUUCGACAACGCGGACCUCUUUGUCACCUCCAAUGCCAUUGAAUUAAAUGAAACUAGUACUCAAUGGUCCAGUUUCAAUGAAACUGCAAACCAGUGCACAUUUGCUGUGACCAAAGUGUCCCUGAGGGUCAUGACCCCUGUGAUCCUCACAGUGUUCGUUCUGGCGCUGUACCUUCAUGCCCAGCAGGUUGAAUCCACUGCACGCUUAGACUUUCUGUGGAAACUGCAGGCCACAGAGGAGAAGGAGGAGAUGGAGGAACUGCAAGCCUACAACCGUCGUCUCCUCCAUAAUAUUCUGCCUAAGGAUGUAGCUGCUCACUUUCUGGCACGAGAGCGGCGCAACGAUGAGUUGUAUUACCAGUCCUGUGAGUGUGUGGCCGUCAUGUUCGCCUCCAUCAGCAAUUUCUCUGAGUUUUACGUCGAGCUGGAGGCCAACAAUGAAGGAGUAGAAUGCCUCCGACUUCUCAAUGAGAUCAUCGCUGACUUUGAUGAGAUCAUUAGUGAAGAGAAGUACAGGCAGCUGGAGAAGAUCAAGACCAUUGGCUCCACCUACAUGGCGGCUUCUGGUCUCAAUGACUCCACCUAUGACAAAGAAGGUCGUACCCAUAUUACUGCACUGGCUGACUAUUCUAUGAGAUUGAGGGAACAGAUGAAAUACAUUAAUGAGCAUUCCUUCAACAACUUCCAGAUGAAGAUAGGUCUGAACAUUGGACCUGUGGUAGCGGGGGUUAUUGGGGCACGGAAGCCUCAAUAUGAUAUUUGGGGAAACACAGUUAAUGUGGCCAGUCGUAUGGACAGCACAGGUGUACCUGACCGUAUACAGGUGACUACAGAUCUCUACCAGGUGCUUGCCAGCAAGGGGUACGUGCUGGAGUGCCGUGGUGUUGAGGUCAAAGGUAAAGGGGAGAUGACAACCUACUUCCUGAAUGAUGGACUGCCAAACAGUUAACAGCCACGGCGACAGCAGUUUGGGGACGAUCCGCCGCUGCACACACACGAAACUGCUGGGCUUGGACUCGCAGUGCGAGCGAGUGGCUGAGAACUACAAACGCCAUCACUUGAAUCUCAAGCAAAGAGGGGGGAAGACCUUCAAAAGGAAAUCGUUCUUGAUGAGAAGAAAAUGUUCUUGUUUGAGCGGUGUCGUGGCGCGCGUACAUGUUGAAGGACAAGUGUUGUUCUCGUGUCUAGCCUCUCUCUCAGGCUUCUUGAAAGAUGCAAAGUUUGUUUAUUUAAUACGCCUUUUAGCCUGUGUCAAAAGAAGAUAAAUGCUGUACAUAAGGCUACUUUUUUAAAUUCACUUCUUUUUUUUUUCACCAGUAAAUUUUUUGUUUUUAUUUUAAUUUCACGACUUAGUAACAGGUACUCAUGUUUUUUGUUUUGUUUCUGGAUUAUUUAUUUCAAUCUUGAUGUUUUUUGCAAGAGAUCCUUUAUGAAAAAAUAUGAAUACAUACGUGCACAAAUAUCCAGUUUAUUACACGUUUAUGUGUGUAUGUACAUGCAUAUUUGUGUGUGUAUGAAUAUAUGUAUAAACUGAGGAGGAAUAUAUUGACCAAAGACAAAAGUAUUUAGGAAAA